CUGUCACAAGCGGAGCAGUCGCUGAAGCAAGCAGUCGCUGCAUCGCUGCUCCUUUUUCCUCCAUCUGUUUCUGCUCUGUUCUUCUUAACAAAACACGUCCUCCCUUCUGUUGUCCAGAGGCAAAGACAUUAUUCACAAGGCAUGGAUGAUAAGGGACUGCUCGCCUUCUGAUGGGAUUCUUUGGCUGAAUGUUGACUCUUAAUCUGAGCUGGAGGUUUGUGGGGGGAAUCUCUUGUAUCGCUUCUAGGCAACUGGGAAUUCCUCAAGGUGGGAAUUAGGAUUUGCUUGCUGGCAUCCUGUCAAAUUCAUGGUAUUUUCCAGAAAGCCUUGGACAUUUACUAUGUUAUGAGAGCUUAAGCUGCUUGAUAAUGGGAAACAGGUGGACAUUUAAGGUUUAAACACUGCACUGCAUGUUGGCAAGGUUGUCGUACUUCUCGGCAGAGAUCCAACAAAAGCAGCCAAGAUCUGGAUAAUUUGCACCUCAGUCAAGACAUCGAUCAGGUGCAGCCUCACGGUGGGCUUUUUUCAUACUGGCUACAACGAGAAUUUUUAUCUGACAAUUGGCAGGAUCUCUUUCUCGCUGAUAGGGGUGGGGGAGUGGGGUUUGCUCGUUUUCUGGACUGGAGGAGAAGAUGCCAGCCAUUCUGGUGGCCUCAAAGAUGAAGUCAGGACUCCCCAAACCAGUUCACAGUGCCCUUCCCAUCCCCCAGGCCCCAACCAGACCAUCAGCUUUACCUCUGUCUUCUGUGCCUCUCAAGAGUAAUUUCCCUUCAGUGAGCCAGCAGGUGUCCUCAAGACCCCCAAGAAAUGCUCCGGAGUCCGAGGCAGCUGGAAACCCUCAGAUCUACACGGACUGGGCCAACCACUACCUUGCCAAGUCAGGACACAAGCGUCUCAUCAAGGACCUCCAAACGGAUGUGACGGAUGGUGUUCUGCUGGCUGAGAUCAUACAGGUCGUUGCCAAUGAGAAGAUUGAUGAUAUCAAUGGUUGUCCCAAGAGCUGUUCUCAGAUGAUUGAGAACAUAGAUGCUUGCCUGAGUUUCCUGGCAGCUAAAGGAGUCAACAUCCAGGGUCUGUCUGCAGAAGAGAUCCAGAAUGGGAAUCUGAAGGCAAUCCUUGGCCUGUUCUUCAGCUUAUCCCGUUACAAACAGCAGCAACAGCAGGCUCACCGACAAAACUCCCAGCCCGGCUUCACACCAACGGCACAAACCCAAAACACGCAUUCUUUGCUGAGCCAGCAGAGCAGCGCUCCGGCACAGCUCAGCCACUCUCCGCAUGGGACUCCCGCCCUCACAGCACAGAAAGCAGCACAGGCCGAUAUGCAGUCCAGGGAUGCUUGUCAGAGUAAACUUCUCAAGUUUUCCAUUGGUCAGAAAAAGAGUUCUAGACUUCCUGGCCCAUCAGCAAGGAUGUCCACUGCUGGCAGUGACAUCCCUCCCAGAGGCUCGGUCAGCGCUGCUGGGAACAGGCGAAGCCAGGGCUGCAGUGACAAGGCCAAAGCAAGUUUACAUCUGAACAAAGAUUCCCUGGAGGGCAUGACCUCACAGCCUCCUGUGAUGAGUGAGCAUGCUCCUUCAUCUGCGGUGACCGUUGGCUCCUCCACCAGCACCCUAUCUGCUGCCUCCCACCUCGUUCCUCCCUCUUCAUCAUCCUCCCCUUCCACUGCCAUUCCCCAACCCAACAGCAGCAGCAAGCCCUGGAGGAGCAAGUCAACGAGCUCAAAGCACACCACCACCCAAUCUCUGUCAUCCACUAGCAACCCAGCAUCUGCAAUGCAGUCCAAUAAGCAAGAGAAGGACACAUCCUCCAAGGCUGUUGCAACAGCUGAGCCUCCUCCCAAAGCUGCUGCUCAGAAGUCGAUGCUUGAGAAACUUAAGCUCUUUAACAGCAAAGGAGGAUCUAAAGCUUCUUCUGCUAAUACAGCAGGGCCCCAAUCAGACAGUGCUGCCCCAGUUAGGCAGCCUGGAGCAAUGCAUGUAGAGAGAUCUGAAACUGGCUCAAACACAGACCCUCUAGAAGAGGAAGAUGGUAACCUCCGACCAGGAUUGAAUGGAACCAGCAAUGGGACAACAACCCCCAUCACAAUUUCCACAACUGCCAGCAGCCCCAAAAUUGCUCUAAGGGGCAUUGCCCAACGCACUUUUAGCAGAGCUUUGACUGCCAAGAAGGGUUCUGUAAAAGGACCUGAAAAGGACAAGGACAAAGGAAAGGAAAAAGAUAAAGGGAAGGACCUGGGGAAACGCACCCCAGAUAGAACAGAGCUAAGGGGGGAGGAGCCUAGGGAGGAAGCAGCACCAGUUCCUACAGAUGUGGAUGGGUCAAACAAAAAGACUUCCAAAAUUGCUAGUUUCAUUCCCAAGGGGGGAAAAGUAGCCAAAAAAGAAAGUUCCACCCCAGCACAUAGCGGAAUACCAAAGCCAGGAGGCAAAGCCCAGGGAGCUGGGGGUAAAGCUUCCUCAGUGAAGGAGGCGGGGGAGAGACCUAGGAGCAUGCGGUUAGGAGGAAGUGGGCUCGUCAUGCACCGCGGACCCUUGGAGAGAGACAGGGACAGCAGGCACUCCAGCUCUACCUCCAGCUUGGCCUCCACAGAAGGAAAGCCCAGCGCCGCCCCUGUGGCGGGUUUAGGAACUACACAGAGCACAGCCAGCAACACUGUCAGCGUGCAGCUACCUCAGACGCAACAACUGCACAGCCACCCAAACACGGCUACUGUUGCACCUUUCAUGUACAGAACCCAAACAGAAGGCGAUGGAACGGUGAACUCAGAGAGCGAUUCAGUGGGAAGAGGGGGCGACGUCUGCUGCACAAAGACCAGCCAGACCUCCAUCGAUGACCUUUCAGGUGAGGACCCAGAGACAAGACGGCUGCGUACUGUGAAAAACAUUGCAGACUUACGGCAGAACUUGGAGGAGACCAUGUCCAGCCUGCGGGGCACACAGGUCACUCACAGCACUCUAGAAACAACCUUUGAUGGCAGCGUCACCACAGACAUCAGCAGCGGCGGAGGUGGUUCCUGCAGCAACAACAGCAGUGGUCGGAGCAUCCUCAGCAUUACUUCUGCCCGCUCCUCGCUGUCACCAUGGCGACUUGGACAGUCCAGCCCACGUCUUCAGGCAGGUGACGCCCCUUCUGUAGGAAACGGUUACGGCGGCCGGGUGGCCGGCAGUGGGCAGGCAAGGCGCUACCUGUAUCCUGGGCACCUGCGCAGACAGCUGGCCGGCAGGGGAGGAGCUCUCUGCAGCGUGGACCUCGCAGACAGAACUGGAGAGGAACUCGAGUUGGAAGGCACCGCUGUGGAGGUCACCGGAUACAUGAGUGAUGGAGAUGUGCUGAGCAAGAACGUUGUGCGCACCGAUGACGUCACCAGUGGCUACAUGACUGAUGGAGGUUUGGGUCUGUACACUCGCCGCCUGAACCGACUGCCUGACAGCAUGGCUGCCGUUCGAGAGACGCUCCAUCGGAAUACCUCGUCAGGACAGGGAGAUGCUGAUAGCUGGGAUGACAGCAGCUCAGUAAGCAGUGGCAUCAGUGACAACAUCGACACAGAUGACAUCAACACCAGUUCCUCCAUCUCCUCCUAUGCCAACACACCUGCAGCACAGCGCAAAGGCCUCAACACACAGCCUGUGACGGAUGCAGAGAAGCACUCUGCCUCCACAGCAGUCCACCAAGUUUGGGCAGGAGACGAGGGGAAGAGGCCCGAGGGGGGGCCAGAUACGGGGGUCAGGAUGGACACGGGUUCCAAGUGGAGUCGAAGAAACUGUGACGUCUCUGAUGAGUCUGACAAGGGCUGCUCAGGAAGAAAGACGCCCUCUGUGUCCAACACUGGUUCCUGGAGACGAGGCAUGAGCGCUCAGGUGGGGGUAACGUCACCCCGGACAAAAAGCACCAGCAGCACAGGCUCCACGGCUUCAGUCAGCCUGAAAAACCAUAGCUCAGCAAAAACUGAUGAUGUAAAGGUGUCAGAGAAAGGACGACUCUCCCCUCGCUCUAAUGGCCUCCAGCACUCGCCCUCAGAUGCGGGACGCAGCAGUGGCGACGAGGCCAAAAAGCAUUCGGUUCCCACCAGCCGCACAACGACCUCGAACCCUCUCACUCACACCAUCUCAGACCCGCAAUCCCACACGCACAUGCUGUCAACCCGCACCCCCACCAGCACCUUCGGGUUCAAGAAGCAAGGUACCGGCAUGGUAACCAUGGUUACAGCAAGCGGUGCCACCAUCACCAGUGGGUCAGCCACUUUGGGGAAGAUGCCCAAAUCCGGGGCACGCUCUUUGUCAGGUGGCUUAAAAUCCGGUGGCCCGGAUGGAGGCUCAGCAUUGAGUCACCAUGACGACGGGUUCCUCCCAAUGAGCGCCCGCUCAACCCUGCAGUACCGCAGCCUGCCUAGACCCAGUCGUUCGGGAGCAGCCGCCCGAAACGGCAAUCGGUCGUCCACUAGCAGCAUCGAGGCAGCCGUGCUCUCCGUUACCUCUCACGGGAAGAACUCUUUUAGCAUUAGCAAGCCCAACAGCUCAAUGGGCCUGCUGGCAAAUCAGACCGACCGGGAGAAGGGCGUCUCUGAUGUCGACAACCUGAGAAGCGGAGGUGGGAUGCAGAGCGGAGGAGGAGCAGUGACGGGAAGACAGCAGGUUUCCUCACCUACACUGCGCAGGUUAUUUGGUGGUAAGGCCAGUAAACAAGCCCCAGUCACCACUGCUGAAAACCUGAAGAAUUCCACCGUCAUCUCCAAUCCCCAUGCCACCAUGAACCAUGUUCCUACAGUGCUAGAGUCCCCUGAUGGAGUGCUGGGAGGUGGGGACAGUGAGUCAGGUAGCCCCCUGUGCGGAGGCAGAGCUCUGGGUUCAGGAACAGGGACUCUGGGCAGCGAGCAGGCCUCCAGCCCAGGAUCAAUUUAUUCCUCCACUGGUCCCUCAAACAGCUUGACAUGGGGAACCACCUUCAGUGGCUCCUCUGUCCCGAGCAGGGAGGGCACUCUGGCUGGACAUGGUUGCGCAGGCAGUGUGGGCUUUCCCUCCGUCAGCAGCAUGCACACCAGCAGUGAGUCCAUUGACAUGAGUCUUAGCAGUGCCGGAGGAGGUGGCGGAGGACAGGGGAACCACAGGGAGGACACACUGUCUGCUCUGGGUCGCACCGGGAGCGUCAAGACCGGCAUGUCAGAGAGUCCCCUCUCCUCGCCCUCCGCUAGCCCUAUAUUCAGCAGAAACACGCUACCUCGGAGGCAGGACAGAGGGCCACAUUGUGGUAGAAACACUCUGCCUAAGAAGGGAUUCAGGUACGGUCCGUCACAGCAGCUGCGAGGUCAUGAGGAUCGUGAUUGGCUGCGCUCCCAUUCCACCAGCGGGCUUCAGGACUCUACCAGCAAUUCCCCCUUCUCCCCCGGCUCCAGCCUAACCUCUCCCUCUGGUACUCGCUUCAACUUUGGACAGCUGGCAACCAGUCCAACCUCUGCAGGUCAGAUCAACCUCGCCAGUCUGCGCAACAACAGCCUGACAAAUCAGGAUACUCCUUUUGAUCCCUGCAGCGACAAUCGGCUGAGAAACUCCUGCAUGUCGCUGGAUGAGAAAACCCGCACAAUGAGCCGAUCUGGAUCAUUCAGGGAUGGCUUUGAAGAAGUUCAUGGAUCCUCUCUGUCUUUGGUAUCCAGCACCUCCUCUAUGUACUCUACGAACGAGGAGAAGUCUCAGUCAGAGAUCCGGAAGCUACGGCGGGAGCUGGAUGCCUCCCAGGAAAAGGUUUCCGCCCUCACAACACAGCUGAGUGCAAAUGCUCACCUGGUGGCAGCGUUUGAACAGAGUCUGGGCAACAUGACCAUCAGACUGAAGAGUCUAACACUGACGGCAGAACAGAAGGACUCUGAGCUGAAUGAGCUGAGGAAAACUAUUGAGCUUCUUAAGAAGCAGAAUGCUGUCGCUCAGGCUGCAAUUAAUGGAGUCAUCAACACACCUGAACUUGUACCUAAAGGAGAUCGGACAGCUGCCAAUAACGGCACUCAGCAGCAGCAGCAGCCGGAUCUGCGCAUAAGACGGCAGCACUCCUCUGACAGCGUCAGCAGCGUCGCCAGCGCCACCAGCCACUCCAGUGUGGGCUCCAACAUGGAUGCAGAUGCAAAGAACAAGAAGAAGAACAAAAAAAACUGGGUCUAUGAGCUGCGAAGCUCCUUUAAACAAGCAUUCACCAAGAAGAAAUCUCCCAAAUCCGCCUCGUCUCAUUCUGAUAUUGAGGAGAUGAUGGACUCAUCCUUGCCAUCCUCCCCCAAACUGCCUCACAACGGGACUUCAGGCCCCAGCCACAUCCUCAGGAACACCCACUCCAACACACUAUUGUCAGAGUGUUUGGACAGCGAGGCAGAGACGGUGAUGCAGCUGCGGAGUGAACUCAGGGAAAAGGAGAUGAAGCUGACAGAUAUCCGCCUGGAGGCUCUUAGUUCUGCGCAUCAGCUGGACCAGCUUCGGGAGGCCAUGAACCGUAUGCAGUUGGAGAUUGAAAAGCUGAAGGCGGAAAAUGAUCGUCUGAAGCUAGAGAGUCAGGGGAGCAGAACAGGAUCCCAGGUGUCCAUCUCAUCCUCCCCUCCCCCUCACACACAAACUCAGACCCCAGGACCCGGUCCAGGACUAUCACAGCACAGCCUUAACCUUACCACCAGCGAGUCUACCAGCCUGGAUAUGCUGCUGGAUGACACAGGCGGAGAUGGUGGGAUGAGGAAAGAGGGUCGACAUGUAAAGAUUGUCGUCAGCCUGGAUGAAGAAAUCAAGUGGGGGGAGGAGAGUCAAUCUCACCACUUUCUGAUUGGUUGCAUUGGUGUGAGCGGCAAAACGAAGUGGGACGUCUUGGAUGGGGUGGUCCGGCGCCUCUUUAAGGAGUACAUUACGCAUGUAGACCCAGUGCACCAGCUUGGUCUAAGCACAGAGAGCGUGCAGGGAUACAACAUCGGCGAAAUCCAUCGGCCCAGCAGCUCCAGCGCAGCCACCACGCCUGAGCUGCUGCCCUGUGGCUAUCUAGUGGGAGACAACACCAUCAACAUUCAGCUCAAAGGUGCAAGCAGUGAAAAUGUGGAUUCGUUCGUGUUUGAGACGCUGAUCCCAAAGCCGAUGCUGCAGCGCUACGUGUCCCUGCUGAGGGAGCACAGACGGGUCAUCCUGUCAGGGCCCAGCGGCACGGGGAAAACGUACCUGGCAAGCCAGCUCGCUCGGUAUCUUCUGCUGCUAGAGGGCCGACCUUUGACCCCGGGCGCUGUCGUCACUUUCAAUGUGGACCACAAGUCCAGCAAGGAGCUUCGUCAGUACCUGUCAGGAUUGGCACAGCAAUGCAGCAGUGUCUCUGGGGAAGAGAGCCCCCUGGUGGUCAUUCUGGACAACCUCCACCAUGUCAGCUCUUUGGGGGAGAUCUUUAACGGCCUCUUCAACUGCAACUACCAGCACUUUCCUUACAUUAUUGGCACCAUGAGCCAAGCCACCUCAUCCGCUCCCAACCUGCAGCUUCACCACAACUUCAGGUGGAUACUGUGUGCCAACCACACUGAACCAGUGAAAGGAUUUCUAGGUCGAUACCUGAGGAGGAAACUGAUAGAGGUUGAGAUCGGCAGCCGAACCCGUAAUGCAGAGCUGGUAAAGAUCAUGGACUGGGUCCCACGGGUUUGGCACCACCUGAAUCGCUUCCUGGAGACCCACAGCUCCUCUGACGUCACAAUCGGACCUCGCCUCUUUCUGUCAUGCCCCAUGGAUGUGGAGGGAUCCAGGGUUUGGUUUACCGAUCUCUGGAAUUAUUCCAUCAUCCCCUACAUGCUGGAGGCAGUACGUGAAGGACUGCAGCUUUAUGGACGCAGGGCUGGAUGGGAGGACCCAGCGGCUUGGGUGAUCGACACAUAUCCUUGGUCAUCAACUCCAACUCCGGGUGACUGGGCCCCGCUGCUGCAGCUCCGUCCCGAGGACGUGGGCUUUGAUGGCUACUCCGCACCAAGAGAAGGUGUUAGGAAAAAACCGCCACAGAGUGACAGUGACGCAGAUCCACUGAUGAAUAUGUUGAUGCGCCUGAAGGAAGCGGCCACAUCAUCGAGCCCGCAGAGCUACGACAGUGACUCCAACAGCAACAGUCACCAGGACGACAUCCUCGACUCAUCACUGGAGUCGACUUUAUGACAUCCGCAAAACACAACAGUUUGAACGUUUAGAAUCUGUUCUCGUUGUGAGAACUCUCCAAGUUAAGGUCAUGGCACGAAAUGCAGCCUCAUUCGUUUGGGUGCAGGUAACCCAAGAGUUGGAGAGAGUUAACUGCCUUUUGGUAAAAAAGAGAAGUUUCUCCAGCACUGCCGUGAUUUCUUUUUCUUCACCGCUGUGGCCCUUGGUUCCUUCGUCAGGAGUCCAAAAUCUGCUUCAGCAGAAAGUAGAAGCACACAGCCUGUCCCUGUUGGUGAGGCAUUGCUAUUAUCUUUAUCAUCAUCAUCAUCGUUCAACUGUUCACUUUAACACUAGCCAGUGCUCCACAAUCUCCACCAUGCUGCAAUGCACCUAACCUGCCUGCACACGGCGCUUCAAAUCAAGUUUUCUUGUUUCUGAACCACAGGUCAGUGCAACCUCCACAGCUCAAGUAGCCUCAGUGCAUGAUGUUGGAAAAGAAAACAGCCAAAGUGAACAUCAGUUCAGCAGGAACCUAAUUUAAUUUUAAAAUGUAUUUAUUGUGUCACUAAAAGUUUAGAAAUAAAAAAUAUCACAGACAACAUUCUCCUGUCAGUAUCCAAAAUUUAGAUCGUUUUAAUCCUGCACAUGCAGAUAAAAAGAAAAUUAAUCUAAAAAUUAAAACCAUGUAAUCAAUGGUAUGACAUUUGUGUUUUUCAAUUCACUCUUUGCAUUAAUUACUUUGACUGCUUUUUAGAACUAGAAGUACUGCCCACUGAGACCACAUUGAAUCUGAAACUAUCACCUGGCAAAGUACUCAACCUAAUAGUUUAAGAUUCAUUAGGCUUUAAGCAGGAGAUUAAUCAAAUACUAUGACUUCCUUAGGAUGUUUCCCAACUGAGUAGAACCACUGCAUUGUAUUCAAGAAGCUGGGUGAGUUUCUUAAAAUCUGAAAAAUCAGAAACAUGCUGGUUUGCUUGAUCUCCUUCCCUAUUUUACUAAUCAACUACAUGGCAGGAAAAAUUAGGAAAUUUGAUUUGGAUAUUUUCUGUGUCUGGUUAAGAAAACAUUUAUUUAUUUCAUUUUUACUUUUAAGUUUUGAAAAGAAAAUUUGAAUGUAAAAAUAAAUGUAUCCAGCUGUAUUAUCCAUAAAAGGUACAAAAAUUAAGGAUCAGUGCAAUGUACUAUUUAUUUUGUUCUAGUUGCUGUGUUAAAGAUAAAAAAAAAUAGAUGUUAAACAGUAAUGAAGUUAACAACAAACAAAUUAUCUAAAUCACUAGAUAAGAAAUCGGCAAAAGAAAUUACUUCAUUAUAAUUUAUGAAUUUUGUAGUGUUGCUUUAUGGAAGAAGGGAAUUGCAUUCAUGCAGUUUUAAAAUAUAAAUUCAGCAUUUAUUUUGAAUCUAACACUUUAUUUUAGUUUUUUUGUUUUUUUCACAAUUUACAGACAUACCUAGAUUAGGUGAUGUUAUAUUUUGUUUUUCCGACAACUUCAAGCUUGAGCCAUUCAUGUUUUUUGUUUGGGCUAAAGAUGAAGGAUCACAGAGAAAUGCUCGUACAGCUUUUCCUAUUGACUAAAUAAUGAUUGGUGAACUGAUUAGUUAUUUUUUAAAUAUAUUUGAUAAGAAACUAAUUUGACAAAGAAGAAAUAUGACUUUUAAGCUUUCACAGCAUACAGACAUUAGGUAUCAAUAUAUAAACGUUAGAGGAUUUCAAAGGAUUUUUCUAUGCUAGCACAGAUGUGGCAGUUAAAGAAUAAAACUCACCAAAAUCGAUACAAAGGUUACUAGGAAGUUGAGAAAUUUGGGUUUCAAUGUGACUCCUUAUCAAAAUUGAGUAGAAAAUGUUUGAAAUAUUCUCAUCUACAUAACAUCUAAACAGAAGUACAGGAUGAUGACUGAAUUUCACUUUGGAGAUAUUUGUCAGUAGAAUUUAUUUGGCAGAGAUGAUCACUCAUGAUUUUUUUCUAUAACUCUUCGCUUCUACCACAUUUUUCUCUUUGAGUCCCUUAAGUCCUCUGAUCUCUCCUCGCACAUUUGGCCUAUGCAGGCUUUUGUAGCACAAAUCUUUUUGGUGCUGGACUGAGUUCCAACAAACAAUGCCUUACACUUAAAUACCAGACUACGUGCAUUAGCUGAUUAUUGGUCUAAAUGGCUGUCAACCUAACAGGGCUCUGAGUCGAGCUCUCCUCGAGCAGCUGCAGUUAUCGAGGAGCGCCGUCAACCUCUCAUAUCAAUCACAGUCACCGUGGGGUUGAAUAGAUGUGAAUGAGAAGCAGUGCUUUUGGAUUAGAGAUCUAUUUUUUGGUUUGUUGCUCUUCUUGCAUGUGUGAUCUGAUGUUAAAUAUAUUAAAAUAAAUUAGCAUUUAGUUUUGGUGCUUGAAAUCAGGAUCCUUUGGUGACUGAUUGAGGCAAGUAAAAGAAGACUUGUUGAUUUAUACCUCAUGUCCCUCUCCUUACUUGUGUUUUAUUUUUUUUAAGGGUUUUGUUCUGGUGAUGUGAACAAAACUCAGAUAUAAUGAGCUAAUUAAGUGGGAACUAGUUUUAAAGCUGCUUUGUUUAUCAAAAAAUAUAGUUGAAAGAUUAUUAAUAUAAAUGGUACUUGUGAAAAAUUAUUCAAAAGAGUUUGGCAUGUCUAACUUUAAAAACUUCAGUUUUGGGUUUUUUUUUUAAACCUCCAAGCAUGCCUUCAGUGAGGUUUAAAGAGAAAUAAAAUCCACAGCUUUCAAAAUUUUACCCACCAAUCCUAUGCAAUAUUCAUUGUAUUCUAAAAAUGAAAAGUGAACGUAUGUUUGUCCCCCAGUUUCAAAUGUUUUGCAUGCCACCAGCUCUGUGGCCAGUUUUCUUUGUCCUUGUCUGAUACAUUAGUUUUACCUGCUGCUAAUGUUGAAAGCACAAAAAGUUCUGCAAGUCCGUGUAAAGCCUGCUCUGUUAGGUGUGAAUGAUGUUUAAAGCAUUUGACUGGUCCAUUUUAAUACUCACAAACUCAAUGAAUGUUUAGAUUUCAUAGCCAUGUAAAUUUUUUAUAGGUAUGUAAGAUAACUUGUAAAUAGCUGUUUAUCCUGCCGCGUUUUGAUGACUUUUUUUAGCCGAUUUGGUAUAAUACUUGAAAAUUGGUAUUUUGUGUACAGUCUCUUUGUGUGAUUGCAAAUUGAUGCUGUUUGUCAUCACUUGUUUGUCCAGGAAUCAGAAAAUUGAAACUGAUAUCACUGUACUAGUCUUAAGUUAUUGUGAUUCAAUAAAUUUAUUAAUUUAUAACUGCAUUUAGUUAAGUUGUAUUUGAACGCUUUUCACUGUAUGGUGUUUAUUUUAAACAAUUAGUUCUUUAGUUUUUGUGUGUGAUAAACAAAAGUUAUAUAACUAGCUUAACAGAUUCUAAAGUUGUUGAUGGAAGGUAACUUUAACACUGAAGCAUGGAUAUCUUACAAGGUUUUCACUAAGGAAGAGCAAGAAUCAGAAAAGCAGAAAAUGAUUUUCCUAAUAAAAUGGAAAUUGAAUCAAAGCCUA